UUUUUAGCGGACCGUCAAUGAGUGGAAAGAGCAAACUUGUGUUGGAUAUGCUUCAGCAUCGCGAUGAAGUAUUUCGAGGUUCUUUUUAUCGAGCUAUUUAUUGUGGCCCAUCUGCUCACGACUUCAAAUUUACAUCGCUUUUGGUUCAAGCCUUCCCUUCCAUUGAACGUCAUGAUCGGGUUGUGAGGCCAGAAGAUUUGGACCUAUACGCAGAAAAAUCCAGUCAAAAGCUUUUGAUGUUAGACGAUUUUGGAAAUGAUGCCAUGGAAAGAAAAGAAUUCAAGGCAUUAUUCGAAAUGGGAUCACACCAUUACAACAUUUCAGUCAUUGUCGUAGUGCAAAAUUUCUAUUCAACAGCGAGACAUCACACCACAAUUCUCCGCAACAUGUCUAAUAUCAUCAUUUUUAACCAUCGAGGCUCUAGAUCAGUCAUGAAAAUGAUUAGUUCAAACUUUGCGCCCAACGGAGAUUCUAAUUUCCUAACCUAUUGCUUUGAAACCUUGAACUUGCAAUUUCAAUUGAUUCGUGGAGCCCAUUACAUAAUGAUUGAUUUGGCAACGGACUCAAACCUACCACCGGAUUUAAUGUUUCGAAGUUUAAUUUUACCAACUGAACAUCAAAUAUUUUUUUACCUUUACGUACUUAGUCGGUCUACUGCUGAUUGUUUUACAUCGAUGAAAUAAAAACCACGAACACCAA